UGAGCAAAAGCGUCGCAAGUGGAGGGUGGGAACUGAGGAGGAAGCGAAGACCGCAGCAUGCAGCAGCCAACCUUUCUGAGAAAUGCCAAGUGUGACGCUUGUAUUCGUCUCGCACCAGAAGCCUCGGGAGACACCGUCUUCAGUUCCCCACUGGAUAUCUGGAGGCCGAACUUCUCACAGGUGUCUGCCCUUUCCAGCCUGGUGAUGGUCGCGCUCUUGUGUGCUCACUGCCUUUGACCGACUGACUUGCUCUUCACUCGAACAUUCUUCAUGCACACGUGCGCAGCGCAUCGAUGGUCAUCUGUCACCCCCAGUGAGAAUUUAAUUCGCUCUUCAUGUUGCAUUUCUGGGCAAGAAGCUGGGACGAUAGUAGCACGUGUGACCUUUAUCAAGGAUCUGCGGUGAGCUGCUUUUCUCCGCUUUACCGAUCCAAUGUCCGCUGAUAACAUGCAUCUGUCAUUUACCGCAGCCGCGUCGCUUCGAGACGCCAACUUUACCACUCUGCAGGAGCCCGCGGUGAACAUUAGCCGGCAGCUGUGCAAUGUGGGCAAAUCCUUCACGAGCACUUUCUUGCCAACUGUUUAUAUGAUCGUCUUUUGUGUCGGAUUAAUCGGAAACUGUCUGGGACUGAGGAGUCUGUUCCGUAAUUGGAAGAGACUGGGUAGCAUCAACCUGUUUGUCCUCAAUUUGGGGGUGGCGGAUUUGCUGUACGUCUUCACCCUGCCUUUCCUGGUGCACUACUAUGCCAUGCACCGACACUGGCCCUUCGGACCGAGCUUCUGUAAAAUAACGCGCUUCUGUUUUAAUUUGAACUUGUACGGGAGCAUCGGUUUUCUCACCUGCAUCAGCGUGUACCGUUAUUUGGGGAUUGUCCAUCCCAUGGAGGUAAUGGGGCGUAUCCGAAGCCAACACUCGCUCUGUAUUUGCGCCUUAGUUUGGAUUUUGGUCAUUGCUGUAAUUUCUCCCGAUUUGUAUUUUGAUAAAACAUUACCGGGUUUAACCAAUGGCAGUUGCUUUGACACCACUACUAACGAUUAUAUCUCCGCAUAUUUGCACUACAGCCUUGUCUGGACCAUCCUGGGCUUCUGCGUACCGCUGGUCAUUAUUUUGGGGUGCUACGGACACAUCGCAAUUGUUCUCUCUAGAAAUAAAAAUGUGGAGCCGUCGCUGAAGCAAAAAUGCCUGAGACUUGUUGUGAUUCUCGUCGUCCUGUUUGUGGUUUGUUUCAUUCCCUACCACGUCCUCAGGAACUGGAACUUAAGAACCAGGAUACUGCAGUUACAGGGACAGUGCAAGCCGGCAUUCGGCAGGAUCUACAUCUCUUACCAAGUGAGCCGGGGACUGGCGUCAAUGAACAGCGCCUUCAACCCCCUGGUCUAUCUGAUAACCAACGACGACUUCCAGACGCGAGUCAGCGAGCUUAGCCAGCGGGCUCGUCGCUCGGUGGCGCUCUUGACAGGACGCAAAGGGCCCGAGGGACUGCUGGAUAAGUCGGACUCGAACGAGAUGAAGACUCUGGACGUGUGCGAACAGUGAAGAGGGAUCGGGGUGUGAAUGGAGCCGAGACGACACCCCGCCCUCUUUUCUUAUUCAAAGUGACCCUCGUCCUCCGCAAAUUAGCGAACAUUUGAGUGCGAGAGACGAGGUGGGACGUACGGUAUUUACAUAGCACUUAGUCAAGGCUGUGAAGUUUCAAAGUACAACUAAACAGGACAUCAUUAUGGUAACGUUUAUUUUAAACUCUCUGUGCCUUUUCUGCUUUUAUGCAGUUUAUUCCUCCACAUACAGCGCCUUUCACCUUAGAAGGGCAGCUUGUUUUUGACUCUCCUAAGUGUUAUUUACCACAGCAGGACUGCAGAAGGAAUGGCUUGGUGUCUCUGAUGCUGAGGGACUUCUGCAGAUAAACUGGUAAAGUUCAAAAUCUGGUUGCGUGACUGUAAUACAUGGUUAGCUUUGCUUUCCUCAUGUCAAACCACAAUGUCACUUUCUGCUAGAGAUGCAAAUUCAUUUUCUGAAUACAGUAAAAAAAAAAAAUAAAAGAACACAACUGCU